AUGAAGGAAAAGAUUGCAUUGAUUCGAAAGCGCAUGCUUACCGCGCAAUCUAGACAAAAAAGCUAUGCGGAUAAACGUCGUCGCGAGUUAAAAUUUGCAGUUUGUGACUUUGUGUAUCUCAAGGUGUCGCCAAUGCGGAAUGUGUUUCGUUUCGGCAACAAGAGCAAGCUCAGUCUAAGGUAUGUUGGACCGUUCAAAGUGUUGAAGCAAGUGAGCUCCUUAGCAUAUAAGAUCAAGAUGCCUCCUACUUUGGCGGGUGUUCACAACAUUUUUCACGUCUCACAGUUGCGGAAGUGUAUACACGAUCCAUCACAAGUGAUUAAUCACGAGCCUCUUUUUCAGCCUAAUUUGACAUAUGAAGAGUUGCCCGUGCAAAUUUUGGAUCGCAAGGAACAGCAGUUAAGGACUAAGACGAUUCCGCUUGUGAAAGUGUUAUGGUGA